UCUUUCCUUGUCGUCAUUUCCAUUUCCUUUUUUAUCAGGAUAAUUUGUUUGCCUCUUUUCCCUAGAUUUCAUUUUCUCUUAUUUGGAUAAUAUGUGUUCGCUAUUCUCUCGUCUACUUCUCCUAGCCGCGUCUGUGACGCCGGCCCUGGCCUUUUGCGGCGCCCAUACGCAUCUUGAUCGAAGAGCAGAAGGAGAAGAGGAUGUACCAGUUUCCACCUUUGGGUACACUGGAACAGAUGGACCGGUUCUAUGGACCCAAUUGAACUCCACCGCCAACGGGCUGUGCUCAACGGGCAGAAAUCAGUCGCCCAUUAACAUGGUUGAGGGGCAAUUCACGCUCGUCCCGGCUUCCGAACUUGACGUUUAUAUCCCCGACGUUCCUGAGGGCGCCGAAUUCGAGAACCUCGGAUCCACGAUAGAGGUUGUUAUGAAGGGGGUGGGAGCGUCGCUUAUUCUUGAGGACAAAGUCUACUCGUUCGAACAAUUCCAUUUUCACCACCCUAGCGAGCACGUGGACAAUGGUGUCAGCCUGCCAAUGGAAAUGCACAUGGUGUUUACCUCGGAGGAGGAAGAAAUCGCCGUGAUUGGUGUCUAUGUCGAUCUUGUGGAUGUUCCCACAACUGUUCAACUUCAUAUCAUUCCCCGAAACUCGCCGUCCAACUUGCUCGAGACCAUCUUCUCUUCGAUUGGAGAAAUUGCAUCUCCUGGUGCGAAAACGACGACUAAACCUCUGAUUAUGUCUGAAUUAGUCCAGUUUUUAAAUACGGGAAGCUUCCAGCGAUACACCGGCUCUCUUACUACCCCGCCAUGCUCUGAGGGUGUAGCUUGGUCCGUCGCAACGGAAAAGCUCCUACUCUCCAAGACAACAUACCAGACAGUGCGUGACGUUGUUGGAUUUAACGCUCGAUACCCUCAAAACAGCCUCGGAGAACAGAACCUUCUCGCGCUUGCAUCAGGUGGAGCGGAAGCAGUAGCUAAUGCCACCGCGUAGAGAACAAUGGGGACGAGAGGAGAGAUGAAGCAUAUUAAUCACCUAUAAUUGGAGAGG